CAUCACCAAAUUCAGACGCUGUUCUGUUGCGGUGCAACUUGGUGGUGGUAUCAGCCAAAGUUAGAGCUGAGCUGUGCAAAUGGCCGAGACCCACUGUUCGUCCCCUUGCUCAAAGGCCUAUGGACGACCUGCCGGCGCGCAUCCUGGCCAGCGCAGCAAAAGGCGCCAGGGUCUUCCUCCUGGAUGGCUUUCCACGCAACCUCGAUCAGUCCGACUACUUCGAGGCGGUCGUCUGCCCGAUCAAAACCGUCAUCCUUCUCGAGUGUUCUGAUGAAGUGAUGCUCGCCAGGCAGCUCCCGCGGGCAAGAUUCGACGACGUCCCCGAAAACAUACAGCGCAGGAUCCGGACCUUCCGCACCACGACGUCGCUCGUGGUCGACUCCUUUCGCGAGCGAGGCAAGGUUCAAGUUGUCGAUGCUGAAGAAACGCCCGGUCAAGUCGCCGCGGCCGUGUCCGACCUGUUUUCCGAGCUCGCAGAAACUGGAAGCAAGAAACUCGAGCCAAUGACCGGCAGCCAGGCAGAGUGCCAAGCAGAAGGCGCCGGGACGAUCAUCAGCAUUUCCAGCCAGUAAAGACGGGCAAAACCAGGACAAACGCUUGGGCCAUUACCACAGAAGGAAGCUCUUGGCACUCGCGCCUUUUGGCAUUUAAACGGCACCAACUGAAAGAGAAAAAAAACCCCCGCAGUUCUAGUCAUCCCUUACUGCACAGUGCCAUGUGGUGACCGUAGGUCAACUUCUCAUUG